AUGCUCGAAUCAGUACUGCCGGUCCUGGCCAACAAUUGGCCGCUAGCAUUAUCAGUAUUCGUCAUUGGUUACCUGCUUAGUAACUACUUCAACCAUGGCCUGAACAAAUACCCAGGGCCUUUCCUGGCCAAGUUUACGAACUGGUGGAGGUUCCUCGACGUCUACGGGAGACGGCCGGAUAUCACUCACCUCAAGUUGCACCGUGAACACGGAGAUAUCGUCCGCCUUGGACCCAACAGCCUCUCAUUCGCAAACCCUAGGGCUUUGAAGACGAUAUAUGGGCUGAACAAGGGAUUUACCAAGUCCGGCUUUUACCCCGUCCAGCAAGCUGUCAAGGAUGGCAAGCGGUUGCCGUCUUUGUUCUCGACCACGGAUGAGUCGUACCACGCGAACCUGCGGCGAUCCGUCAACAAUGCUUUCUCAAUGAGUCAGCUGGUUCAGUACGAGCCAGGUGUCAAUGAGACAAUUGAGAUCUUCUUGGAUCAGACAGACAGGCUCUAUGCAAAGCCAAAUAGAGUCUGCGACUUCGCAGAAUGGCUUCAAUAUUUUGCUUUCGACGUCAUUGGACAAAUCACAUACAGCAAACGACAUGGAUUCCUAGAACGAAACGAAGACGUUGAUGGUAUGAUCGGCUAUCUGGGAAAACUGUUCUCAUACGUUGCACCGGUCGGCCAGAUGCCCUGGAUCGAUCUACUUUUCCUGAAGAAUCCCCUGGUCCUCCUGCUCGACAAACUGGGCGUCAAACUCUUCGCUUUCCCCAUCACAAAAUUCGCCUUCGCACGCAUGUCGGAACGCCUGUCGGAGAUCAAAGCCCAAGGCCGUGAAAAGGGCACAGACAAGCCCGACCUAUUAUCAAUGUUUUUGAAAGCACAAACCGACCGUCCCGAGUUUAUGACCGACCAACGUGUUCUUACCAUGGCCGUGUCCAUGGCGUUCGCCGGCUCCGAAACCACGGCGAUCAGCCUUGCGGCGGUGUUCUACUAUCUCCUCCGCAACCCACGGUGCUACGAGAAGUUGAUGAACGAAUUGAACGACGCGGUCAAAGAGGGCAGGAUCGAAAACCGACCCAGCGGCACAGUGUCCUGGACGGAGUCCCAGAACCUGCCGUACCUCGAUGCCUGCAUCAAAGAGGCAUUCAGAAUGCACCCUGCGGCCGGACUGCCCUUGGAACGAAUCACGCCUCCCCAGGGCAUUGAGAUUGACGGGCAUUUCAUCCCCGGUGGAACGAUUGUCGGAUGUAACGCAUGGGUGAUCCAUAAGCGCGAGGAGGUCUUCGGGUCGCAGGUCGACAGCUACAUCCCCGAGCGCUGGUUGGAUGCCGGCAAAGAGCAGUUGAAGGAGAUGAACGGGACUUUGUUCCAGUUUGGUGCCGGGGCCCGGACCUGCAUUGGGAAGAACAUCAGUUUGUUGGAGAUGUACAAAUUGGUUCCGUCGUUCCUGAGACGGUUCGAGGUCCAAUUCGACGAUCCUAGCAGGGACUGGAAAUUGCAUAAUGCAUGGUUCGUGAAGGAGCAUGACUUUUAUUGUAGGUUCAAGGCACGGAGUUUGCAGUGA